AUUUUUUUCCUCCAUUUUCUGUUGCUUUCUAUUGAACUGCAAUAUUUAUAGUAUUGAAGGAUCUACUCGUUUUUUUAGUCUACUCUUUUGAUUUUGAUUUUUUUUGUUUUACUUUAAAACCUAAUUCUGAAAUUAUUUUAUUUUUUCUCAUCUUCUGUAGAUUUUCUCUUACUUUCUCGGAAAAUUGAUCGGAUUUUCCUCCAUGCUUCGUUCCUUUCUUUUUAUAUUGAAUGCAACAAAAAAUUGCAUAAUAAUUUAUAGUUUCGCUGGAUCUGCUCUUUUGAAAUUUCUUUUAGAGAAGCUGUUUUGAUUAAGUUUUUUGAUUUUAUGUUCUUACUUAUUGUUAAUCUAAGCGAUAUUGAAGUGUUGAUUUGUUUGAUCUGAUUGCAGAUACAGUAGUGUUUUUCUGGUUUGUUAGGGUUUUUUGGAGAUAGAAAUGGGGAGAGGAAAGAUCCAGAUAAGGAGGAUUGAUAAUUCAACGAGCAGGCAAGUUACGUUUUCUAAGCGAAGGAAUGGUUUGUUGAAGAAGGCAAAGGAACUUGCGAUUUUGUGCGAUGCUGAAGUUGGAGUUGUAAUCUUCUCUAGCACUGCAAAACUCUACGAUUUCGCGAGUACCAGCAUGAGAUCAGUAAUUGAUCGAUACAUCAAAUCAAAAGAAGAACAUAAUCAACUUGGGAGUUCAUCCUCUGAAAUUAAGUUUUGGCAAAGGGAGGCAGCAAUGUUGAGACAACAAUUGCAUAAUUUGCAAGAAAGUCACCGGCAAAUAAUGGGCGGGGAAUUAUCAGGUUUGACAGUCAAAGAAUUACAGAGUUUAGAGAACCAAUUGGAAAUCAGCCUCCGUGGUGUUCGUGUGAAAAAGGAGCAACUUUUUAUGGAUGAAAUACAAGAACUAAAUCGAAAGGGAGACAUCAUACACCAAGAAAAUGUGGAACUAUAUAGGAAGGUCUAUGGAACAAAAGAUAAGAAUGGAACAAACAGAAAUUUUGUUCUCACAGAUGGUCUAGGCAUAGGAGAAGGAGACGAUUCCGACGUGCCUGUGAAUCUCCAGCUCAGCCAGCCACAGCAACAACACUACAAAGCACCCUCAGGAACUACAAAACAUGGGUAUGAUUUUGAUCCUUUAGCUAGUAGAACAUUGAUCAUGAUAAAAAACUAUUGACAUCAGAAUGUUUUGAUUGCUUCAGCAGACUACAAUUGCAUUGAUGCAUUUCCUGGAGAUCUGUGUUUCUCGCCUGCUAUCAAGAAAAAUGGAGUCGGAUUUUAAUUUCAAACAUCAAUGUGGCAUAUAGGCCACAAACCAUUUACGUCAAAUGAAUUUAAUUUGAAAUUAUGAACCACAAACAAAAAAAAAUGUAGCAUGUAUGUGUGAUGAACAAUGAAGCAUCGUGUGGAGCUGAGACUCAACAAAGAAAUUCUCCAAAUUGAGCAGAUGUGUAA